AAGCUCAGCUUCGUUAGCCGAAGCUAAAAGGCUCGUACCGCCCGCCAUAUAAAUAUCAGACUCCCCCUAAAGCCUUCACGUAUGCGUCUCCUUGGGUGAAUGGUCUGAAACAAAGCUUCAAGAAAUUCUCUCUCUCAAAGCUGAAAAGCACUGUGUGUGUGUGUAGAUCGGAGACGAUUGGACGGUGACGAUGGCGAUGGUGUCAGGAGUGAGAUCUACGUUGAACCCGAACGCUCCGCCGUUUAUUCCUAUGGCGGUUCGUCAAGUUGAGGACUUUUCGCCGGAAUGGUAUGAGCUGAUUACGACAUCGACGUGGUUCAGAGACUACUGGUUGAAUCAACAGCAACAGGGAGACGAUGGGUUUUAUGGAGAUGGAGAGGAUGGGUUUUGUGGGAACGAUGUGAUUGAGUUGUUGCCUGACUCGAUCGAUGAUGAGGAUUUCUUCAACAUGGAAGCUCAGUUCGAAGAGUUCAUCUCUGAAACGCGAGAAGGGAACAGAUCUCCUCUGUCGAAUAAGGGGAUGCUUCAAAAUGGUUUGGCAAAGGAUGGUGAGGCGCUGAUCAAGAAUCUGAGCUCUCCAAAAGGGAGAGGUCUCAAGUCCCCGGUGGAGCCACCAAAGUACUGGGAGAAGCCGGCCAAGCACAUUAGCCCAAGAUGCAGCCCCCGCCCCAUCCAGCAGCCCCGCUGAAUGUUAACUUUCAGGGUUAAGUUGCAGGGUGUGCAGUUCAUCCAAUUGUAGCUUUCCAACAAUGUAGUCUUUGUUUCCUGUAGCUUCUGUGUAGAGCAAGGUUGCAAUCUUGUAUCUAGCCUUGUUCAUAGUCUGACUUCUUUUCUCUCAGCUUAGCUGGGAAAUCCUUGCAGAUAAUGUAAAAAAGAUGUAGAAAUUUGCAAUGAAACAACAAAAAAAAGUUCAUUUUGUUAUUUCCCAUUUGCCCGUAUUCAAGGAAAAAAGAAAAGCAUGUUUGAGUUUUGAUGCAACAAGUGAA